CCAUUUCUUUAUGUUUUAAAAUGUAUUAUAAAGUUGAAGUGUGUGUUCGAAGUCCUGUAUUGUUAAAUAAUCGAAAAUGUUCGAAUAUGUAUCAAUUUUACUUAAUUUAAGUAAUUCCAAUUAUCUAAUCAUUUCACUAUCAGUUUUAUUGCAUGAAUUUUGCAAUUUAAUACCAUGACUUGCGUUGUUAAAUAAAUUGAUGAUACGUCUUUUUGCUUCUAUCCUUGAGAUCUAUUAAGAUGGUACUGAGGAAAUAUUUAUAACAGUUUUUUAACGAUAAUAAACCAUGCUAUCUUUAAGUUUCGUUAUCUAAAAAUGUGAUUAAAUAACGACAUCACAUAAACUGUGAUAUUUAACUUAGUCGUUCACUCACAAAGUCCAUAAAACUUUCGUAUUUAGAAGUUUUAAUUGCAGUUUGAUAGUGACCAUGGAAAAGUUUGUUUUAAAAGGACCAGAUUAUACUAAUCCCAUACCCGAUGAGUCCAUUGCGUCUUUUCUUCACCCAUUUUUUGUUCAAAAUAUCGACAAUGGAGAUCUAUUUACUGACGUCGACAACAACAAAAAUCUCACAUAUAGAGAAUUUUUUACAAAGAUCUGCCGUUGUGCAGAGGCAAUGAAAAACAUUGGGAUCAAAAAAGGAGAUGUCGUCACUAUAAGCAGUGAAAACGAUGUUAAUUAUUUCGUUCCAAUUUUCGGUGCUUUAUAUAUUGGUGCAAUUGUUGUUCCUACUAAUUUCACCUACACUGAAUUUGAACUUCUUCAUUCAUUAAAGACGAUUAAACCAAACAUCGUUUUUUGUUCGAGUAAUUCUUUGGAAACUUUUCUUGGAAUAAAAAAAGAUUUUCCGACCAUCAAAAAAUUAGUGGUUAUCGAUACUGAAGAUAAACUUGAAGGUUCUGAGUCUUUAGAAGCGUUUAUUAACUCAAAUAGUCCUCAAAUUGAUCCGAUCACUUACAAAGCUGUUCCUGUAAAUGCGAAGGAAGAUGUAGCUUUUAUUUUAUUUUCUUCUGGCACAACAGGAUUACCAAAAGCUGUUAUGAUAACUCAUUGGAAUUAUAACGCCAGAACCAAUCUACAAUUUGAAAAAUCAAUAAUGAGAGAAGUCGCAGGUAAAAACGUUCUUGGAAUCUUACCAUUUUUUCACGCAUACGGUUUGUCUAUUGGAAUGGGGGUCGCCAUACCAGGAAAAAAAAUAAUCGUUGUUAAAUAUUUUGACCCAUUAACGUAUUUGAAAUUAAUUCAAGAUUAUAAAAUGGAAAUACUUUUUGCCGUACCACCUUUAAUGCACUUUUUAGCUAAAAGCCCUAUUGUUGAUGAAUUUGAUUUAUCUGGACUAAAAGAAAUUAUUUGCGGGGCUGGUGCCUUAACAGAAUCGGUGGAAAAUGCCGUGAAGAAACGUUUAAAGAUAAAUUCAAUAAGACAAGGUUUUGGUAUGACUGAAACAACCCUUGGCGUUACUUUCACCCCUGUGGAAGCCUUCAGACCGGGCUCUUGUGGAAAAUUACUACCGGGAAUAUCUGCCAUUGUUAGAGAUCCAGAAACUGGGAAAUUAUUAGGACCUAACGCUGCCGGCGAACUUUGUUUCAAAGGUCCCGUAAUCAUGAAAGGUUAUUACAACAACCCCGAAGCAAAUAAAGAAAUUUUCACUGAAGACGGAUGGUUAAAAACCGGCGAUAUCGGUUAUUACGACAAUGACGGCUUCUUUUUUAUUGUUGACCGAUUAAAAGAAUUAAUUAAAUACAAAGGAUUCCAAGUCGCACCUUCAGAAUUAGAAGGAAUUUUAUUGACGAAUCCUAAGAUUAAAGAUGCGGCUGUUAUUGGUAAACCACACGAAAGAGAUGGCGAACAUCCUCUGGCUUUUAUAGUUAAACAAGACGAUGUUGAAUUAACAGAAAAUGAGGUCAUAAAUUAUGUGGCAGGUUUCGUUUCUAAACGGAAACAAUUGCAUGGUGGAGUUAUUUUUACUGAUGAUAUUCCGAAAAAUCCUAGCGGUAAAAUUUUAAGAAGGGAACUCAGGGAAUCAAUUAAAAAGAAAAUGUCUAAAUUGUAAAUU